CCGCGCGCUCUCUCUCUCUCUAAAACUCACUGUCCCAGUUGUCUAUCUAUAAAAAGUCGUACACCUACUCACAAAGUGACCCAAAAAUCAACUUGGGUAUGCAUGUUUUUCUACAUUGAUAAUUGGGUUUAGGAGUUCCUAAACAAAGAAAACCCAGAGAGAGAGAGAGAGAGAAAUGGGGUCGUCUGAGCCAGCAGAGUCAUGCGAAGCAAGUUCCAUACCAAAGCUCUCUUUUCUCUCACUUUCAAGCAAGCUAGCCGAGUCGUCUCCUGCAGGAAUGCUAACACCGCCGCCGCAAACGGUCACAGCUUCGAUUCCAUUCCAGUGGGAGGAAGCACCAGGCAAGCCAAGGCCAUGCGCCGCCGAUUCCAAACCAAAGAUCAGUGCAAGAACCUUGGAACUACCUCCGAGAUUACUAAUUAGCGAGAUUAAAGCCGCCAACAUGCCGUCCCCAACGACGGUCUUGGACGGGCCGUACGUACUGGGGGGGCGGCCUGUGUCUCACAGCCACAGGUUUUCCAUGAUCAGAUCAAGCACAGUAGAGGAUCUGCACUGUGGGAGAUCAGCACCAGCGCCUAAGGAGAAGGGAGGAGGAGUUCAUUUUGGAUCCAUGAGAUGGGGCAGUUUCGGGAAGAUCAAUAAGGAGGCUCUCAACGGUAGUUUUCGCUUUUCAUCUUCGGUAGUUAACGGUCAUCAUGGUGGUGGUGACGAUAGUAAUACUACUAAGGUGAAGAUCACAAGGGUUAGGAGGAGAAGAAGCGUCAUGAGUCUCGCAGACACAAGCUCAAAUUUGUUGGCAACUAUUUAUGAAAGCGUCAAGCAAGUGGUCCCAUGGAGAUCACGUCGGUAAGAAAGUCUAAAAAAAGAUGGCCGCCUCCUGAUUUAUAUAUAUAUAUAUAUAUAUAUAUAUAGUAGUGCUUUAAUUAAAAUCAUGUA